AGUUACUUAGACAACUUAGUCUCUCAGUUUACUUAAAUUUAAAUAAUAAUAAACAUUUGUUCAAGUUUUUGUCAUUGAUCAUUGUGACUUCUAAGGCUAAGUAAGUUAAACAUCCAAAGGACAAAACUACCCUGUCACUACAGCAGCCUAGCCCUCUUCUUAAAGAAAAAGGCUUUGCGAAAUUAAAUUUCUAACAACUCAGGCUCAGGACAAAAAGGAGUAGAAUUGACUAGAGACUUAGAGACAAGUGCCUGAAUUCACGUGUGUCAUAGAAAAUGUCGUCACCAGAAGUUGAACGGUUUGAAAUGACAGAUUUUGAUUAUAAUCAAAUAUUUGAUCCAACAAGUGCUAGCAGACGACGACAAACAAAGAACCAGGCAACUUAUGGUAAAUUCUCAACUCUAAACUUUGGCCUACUAUAAUUCAUUUAUUAUGAUUAUUAUCAAUUUUAUUAUAUUAUAUCAUAUUAGACAUAUUUAGUGAUAUUAGUCCAAUGCAAAUUCAUUUUUAAUUUUUUGACUACUUUAAGUUUGUCUGUUGAUGUAAAAUGUAAAGUUAUGCCACUGACUUUGAAUAAGCUACAUGAUAAGUCUCUUUUACCAUUUUUUACUUAAGUUGCUAGUGGGCUACACAUUUAAAAGAAGCAACUUGUGCUUAAUUAAACUGAGAGAGAGGGUGUGUGGCAAGAUAAGAGUCAAUAUAGGGAUAAUAUGUGAUAGGGUAAGGGAUAAGUUUGAGGAAGAGUAGGAUGAGGAUGAUUUGGGGGUGGAGUUGGUUAGUCCCAUGCAGCGGCAUGCAUAAAUAAUUUCAUUCAUCUAUAGGUGGAAGGGGGGCACACAUUUGUGAUGAUGCAUUGUGAGGUUUGUAAAUUUUGUGAAAAAUAUGUGACAUUGGGGGAGGAAGGGUCCAAAAGCAGCCAUUAAGGCCAUCUAUUAUCUAUAUGAUAAAUAGCUGGAACAGAAUAUAUGUUUUAGUAAGUAAUUCAAACAAUUUUAGUUUUUGUUGCCUUUUAUAUUGAUUUGAUGUUAACCUAAUUAAUUAAAAUUAGGAAUUGUCUAUUGGUAAUAACUUACCAAUAGCUUCUAGGGAGCAAUUGAGCACUCUUAAUUUAUAAAGGCAUUCAUAUUUUUAUGUACAAUUAAAAAAUUUCAUUGGGUAAAUUGUUCAUCUAUAACACAAAUUGAUUUAAUGUCUAGGAAUCACCAUUUACUAUAUGUUUUUAGGCUAUGCCAAAUUUAUGUAUUUAAUAGCAUAGAAUCCAAUGAAAACAUAAGCUGCAAUACAUAAAAUAUAUACAAAGACAAAUAAGUGUCUUGAAAAUCAAAUCUGGAGUGAAUUUAUGAGACAAGACACAAAAAAUAAAAUUUGAAGUACACCAUGAUCAUUCAUUUUUUGGCAACAUAUUCUAUUGGUGAUGCAAAAAGUCAGAAUUUCACAUACCUACUUAAAAGUGAUUUCGGGGAUGUCAUUAAAAAAUACCAAUACUUAGUCAAUGCUGCACUACAUCAAUCUAGCACCAAUUAGCAGUUUUUGAUAGUAAGCUACUGGUAAUAGAGUACCAAUAACUCUCUAGAAGCUAUUGGUAGUUUUUUACCACUACCAAUUGCCUUAGCCUUAUUUUUAUUAUGUGUGGGUUGCCUUACACGCACUUGAUUUGAUAAAAUUGUUAUUCAGAAAAUUUAAAGUUAAUAACAAUUGUAAAUGAGCAAAAAAUAUGUAUGCUGUUGAAUUUGAGCUGGUUAAAUUGUUAGAGUCAUAGAAAAAUAUAAACUUAUCCAAGUCAAUACUUUGCCAGCAUGUAGGCCCAAUGCUUUACAAGCACUGAUUUUCUCUAUGUUAUCUGCAUCAGUUUUAGGGUAGAUUAUUAAUAUAAGACUUUUAACGCCAGUUUAUUUCAAUUACAGGGCCAAGUGAUGUCGAUUACUGAAAUGUAUUUUAACCAUCGUCAUCAAUAUAACUAUAGAUAUAGCAGAGAAGACCAUUUCUAAAACAUUUAUUUCAUUAAUUUUAUAUAUUUAAAAUUGUUCUCAGGAAUAUGGGCAGACAAAGAGAGUGAUGACAGUGACAGUGAAAUGACUGGAGGAGGUGGGAGGAAGAAAAAAAGCCAGAGCAAGGUCCUGACAGGUGGAAUUAGUUUUAUCAGCGGGGGCUUCAAAGAAGAGGAAAGCAAAGAUAAAGAUGCAAAGGACUUUGUAAGUUCAGCGUACAGUAAAUUUGUUUCUAUUAAAAAAAACAUAAAAUUGCAGAAAAAAAAUAAUUGUAUUUUUGAAAAAGCUUGUCUAUAUAACUAUGUUUUUACAGUAAAGUACAGUGCCUCAAUUCUAUGCUAUUUAAUGACAUUUAAAAAUAGCUAAAAUCAGCACAUCUCUUAAAUAACUGAAUAUUAAGAUAAUUGCUAUGGCUUCAAUUAUUUCAAUUUUAAAAUGUUUUGUAUUUUAAUAAUAAGUGCUUGCUCAUUGCAAAGUCCAGAUAAUUUUUUUUAAUGCUAGAAUAUGGAAGAUGAAUGAUUGUUAAUUUAAAAAAAACAACUAGGUUAUGGAUGAUGAAUCAUGGGUGAAGAAAAAGAAGAGCUCUAAUAAAGAAGCUCCUAGUCCAAUGCCACGUUAUGUCAAAGGUCACCAAAAAGACUCUGACAGGUUAGUCAUUUUAUUGUUAUGAUAUCAUUUUUUUGGUACACCAGUUACAGGCAAUGGAAAUGUUAGUUUUCUGUUUAACAGUGCAAUUUUAUUUUAUCCUUUUGAAAAGAGAAAGGGAUCAAUACUGUCAAAAAGGUUUAUAAUUCUACUUAACUUUGUAUUACAGGGAGUUUGGAGCUUGGGAAAAGUAUACAAGAGGUAUCGGUCAGAAGCUUUUGAUGAAGGUAAGAUUUACAUUGAUGGCGCUACAUUAAACCAGUCAUGUCAUUUUGUUAAAAGGUUACAAAUUAUCUAAAUAUGCCAUUUUAUUACACAAUUAUAAAUUGUCAAGAAACAAAUAAUUUGCUUUAAUGGCCUAUAAGUAGACUUCGUUAUCAGUAAUUAUUUUUAAUAAUAUGUUGUGAAUUCCUCUCGUCUCAAGUUUGGUUACAAACCUGGAGAGGGGCUGGGUAAGAGCGGUCAGGGCAUUACCACUCCAGUAGAGGCGGUCAAACGAAAAGGUCGUGGCGCUGUUGGCAUUCAUGGGACUGAGAGGUCUGAGAGAUCACUUCAGGACUUCCCUGUCAAAGAUGAAGAGGCGGAAGAAGAAAAAGAGUUUCAAAAGCAGCUUUCACAGUGGAAGAAACAACCUGUAGAGGUUUUUAAAAUUUAUACAAUUUUUCUGUACAGUGUCGAUUUACUAGUUGUAGUACAAGUGGUGGUAAAGAAUGUUAGGUUUUAUUUUUUACUUAAAAAUAGUCUAAAAAUAAAUAAGAGUGUGACAUUAAAAUCAAGUUUUUAUAAUGAUCGUUGUGACCAUACCAAAAUUUAAAAUGUACAAUUCUACUAUUUAAAAGAAAACAGCUAAGAAAAAUUCAUAGUUUCGAUCUCAACAAUUGUAAGCUAUGAACAAUUUUUUCAUCCCUUCAUUUUUACCUUAACUUAGAUAUCACAAAAAAAAAAAAAAUUAUCUUAAAGAGUCGAACACUUUUUUUAGAAUAUUAAAAUACUGGUUAAAUAUGACCUAAAGAAAUUUUCACAGAUUUGAUUGGAGUAAAUGUAUUCAUGAAACCUGGGAUGCCAUGUUAGGAAAUCUCUUUUAUAUUACUAUAUCAUAUCUCGUCAGGGCAAGAAACAGAAGCCUAAAUAUGUCUACAAGACAGCUCAGGAAGUGUUGGAGACCGGAGGGAAGCGUCGCAAACCUGACAGAGGUGUGGCACCGAAAGUUAAAGUUAUUGACAUGACAGGUCGUGAGCAAAGAGUUCUGUCAGGUAAUUACAUAGUACUUAAAAAAACCCACAUAUUUAACUCUUUCUCUCCGCAUCAACGCUCCCAUUGUCGAUUUGAAAUGAACAUUUUGGCAUAUCGACGAUGGCAUCGUCAAUGUCUAAAAACCUGUUUAUUUCGGUUCUUUUCUUAGCUAUUCCUUUUUAAUUAUUUUAAAUCAAUUCUAGAAUGAUUUCCCUUGUAUAAACAUCUGGUUUUUCUUUGUUAGAACAAAUUUUUACAUAGAACAAGAUUUUUGAAGCGUUUGUUUUGAUUGUCCAUUUUAUUUUUGUUUAAAAACAUGAAAUCUUGACCUGACCCAUCUGGUGAUUGAUCUAAUAAAGGUGGAAAAUAUUACUCUGAUGAUGAUUCAGACAGUGAUUUUAUGAUUUCAGAUGCAUAGGCUGAUUCUGAUAAAUCAUAUAAUUAUAAUCCUAGUACUAGUAUUAGUAGUACUAGUGAUGAAAUAAUGAACUUUUUAAUUUAUCAGCUGAACAACCAGCCCCGUCCCCCAGCUAAAGUGCACAUCCAUAUGGAUUGUUUUUUAGGCUUACCAUAGCUAAACCCAGAUGAAAAGAUAUGACAAAUUUAUGGUAAAUUUUCCAUUACCAUAAUUAAUGUUAGUACAUACAAGCAUAUGCAAAUAUUUUCUACUAAUAGCAACAGUUUGUUUCCAGUGGAGAUAAUUAAUUUUUUUCUGAAAUUUUUGUGUAGUGAUGACAAUGGAUAAAGUGCUCUGGUGUUUUCUUUUUUUUUUUUAAGUUGAUCUUUAUUAUUUGUGAUGCACAUAUGGAUAUAGUUCAGAAAAAAAACAUUUUUGUUACACUUUGGAUUAUAUAUUUCUCUUUGUUCGUGUGACUUGGAAUGAGCAUUUUGUGAAGAGUUGGUGAUUUAAAAAUUUUUUUUUAUAUUAUCCUUAAAUCAUCACAUUUAUAUAUUAAAAUUUAAACCCAAGCCAGGUUUGCUUGUAAAGGGCAUACAUUUCCCUUUAAUUCCAUACCAAACUUAACAUUUUCUGAUUAAAAAAAAAAAAAAGUUAUAAUGGUUUAAAGGUAGCAUAGGAGUGCCUAACAAAUAUGCAAACUAGAUAAUUCGUUAGAACAUUGAAAUUAAUUCCGGAGAGGAAGAGUUAAGAAUAAAUGUUUACCAUUUCAUAAUCUAUUUUUUGUAACAUAUUCUUUAAUUAUAAAAAUGCUUUGAUUAGCUUAUAAUCUAGAUUUUGAACAUAUACAUUUAUUUUAACCAUGCUUUUAAUAGCAUCUAGAUGUUCAAAACAUAACAAUACUUUUGGAUUUCUCAAUAUACUUGAUGUUAACAGCGCAUUUGGAACAGGGUUAUAAAAUAACAGAGAAUAAUGCAUAACUUAACGUUAAACAGUGUUUUGAUACAAGCUCUCUCUGCAUGCAACCCAGGCAGUCGCCUCCCACUCAAAUGUAUCAUGGAAAGAUUUGCUCCUAAUAAAGUGGCUUAAUUUACACUGAGGUCAAAUUUGUUGGACCCCAAGAACAGCUGUUUAUUUAGUCAAAAGUAAAUAUACUAUCUCAUAUCAUGUGAGCUCAUAGUCAUGAUUGAAAAUUUAUAAGCUUCUAUUUCAAUUCACCAUCUAGGUUACCAUGCCAUUGGAAAAAGUCAUGACAAACCAGACGAAGAGGAAGAGCUUGUCAACCAAGAACCUGUUGUGAAACAGAGAGCUUUUAGUAUGCCAGAGCUCAUGCACAACCUUAAUCUGCUCGUGGAGAUGUCAGAGGAUGACAUCAUUCAUAACGAUAGAAGACUUCGAUAUGACCGUGAUCGUAUUGUCAAUCUACAGCAUGAAGAAGAACGUCUGGAAACUGUUGUUGUACAAGAAGAGAAGCAGCUGCAGCGAUUGCAAACAGUUAUGGAUUUGGUCACAAGGUUUCUUUCUUUUCUUAUUUUGUCCACUUUUUGAAUUGUUUAUGAGCGCUAUCCUAAGGGACUCAGUAGGGGGGAAUAAACUGCCAAUGAUUAAAUGGGCUGGAGAUGAAGGUAUUUUUCAAAUUGUAGAUUUCAUCAUUGAUCAGGCUAAUAAAUGCACAACUGAAACAAUGAGGGUACUCUUCCUAUUUAAGUGUGUGAGUUUUGACAAGUCUUAACAACUAUGUUAUUCUAAUUCCCCACUUAUCUAUACUUUUUAAAAACUAAAUCCUACAUCUGCAUAGUUGUGCUGUUAACCAUAAAUGAUAAAUGUUAUUGACCAUGUCAGAGUAUCUUCUGUUAAAAAUGUUUUCUGUUUUGAAAUAGCUCUCAACUUAGAAAAAAUUGUAAGAUAUAAUACAAUAAAUCAUGUUCUAAUGCAUUGGAUUCUCAUGUCUGCUAUCCAUAUGAUUAGUUCAUAUAAUUUGUCUGAAAGAAAAAAAUAAAAAUAAUUUGCAUUUAUUUUAACAUGUUUCCAAAUUUUAAGCCAAUAUAAAAGCUUAAUAAACAUGGUUGAGGAUUAUAUUUGAAUAGCUAAUAAUUUGAUAUUUCUGUAAGCAAAGAUAAUUUUGUGCUCAUACUAGGUAUGUGUCAAAAAAAUUUCCAUCAAAACAGUUUUUCCCCCUUUAUUUCUAUACGGUGAAAUGAAUAUUACCAUUAAAUUAUCAGUUAAAGUGCUGUUCCUUCUUUGAGCUAUUAUUGAAAUUGUUCUCUUUUGUCAGCUGUGAGAAUAGAACGAAGCCAGACAGUUGUGACCCAUUGACACUUGAUACUUGUGCAGAAAUAUUCAAGAUGUUACAGCAAGACUAUUAUGAAGAAUACAAGAUUUAUGAUCUACCAUCACUAGCAAUAGCCUUGAUUUUUCCCUUGGUAAGACCUCUCAAGCCUAAUUUAUUUAAUGUGAAUGUUGAAUUUAUGUAAAAAAAUUCAGGGUUAAAUAAAGUUGAUUUUUUAAAAGAUUAUUCUCCAUUGACAGCAAAUUAUAAGCAGCAAAACUAUUGCAAUUAUUAGAUAGAUAAAACAAAAUUAGAACCUAAUAAGUAUUUAUUUUGAAUUGUUAACAUUUCAACGUUUUCUAUUAAAUUCUCAUGCACGUAAUUUUUCAGAUGAAAGCAUUCUUCAUAGGAUGGUUACCCUUGCGUAAUCCCACUUAUGGUCUUCACACAGUCAUGGAGUGGCAGUUAUUGCUUGGGGUUGAUGAAAGUGCAAUGGUGUCUCGAAACAGGAACCAGGAGCAUGCCAACAUGGAUGUCUACCAGAGGUUGAUAUGGGAUGUUUGGUUGCCACCAGUUAGAUCAACAAUACUGUAAGUUUUAGUUUCGGACAUAAAUCCCUUUUCUUAUUAACUUCACGAAAAGAAAUUAAAAUAAUACUAUAGUUGUUUUAAAAAAAAAAAAAAAUUUCUUUAAGUACUUUAUAGCUUAUAAAAGACCAUGGUUAUUAGUUCAUUAUACUUCUAUUUUCAUCAACAUCACUUUGCUAUUUCGUUAUUAUUUUUCACUGUCCUUCCAUUUUCUUAAAAAGAAUGUUAAUUACACAAAGGUAUCGGCAUCCUUCCGUCUCGUGAGACGAUGGUGCAUCACCGUUGGUUUGGGUUGCAUUUUCUCGAGUGGCUGUGCAGUCCUAUCCUUGAGUGACAGUCUUUACCACAGUUUUUACACACGAGUUCCGUGCUUCCAAAUGUUUUGGCCUUUCUCCUAGCUCUUCUGUCUGCAGCCUCUUCCAUUCUUCGUUCCUCGGCUACCAUGACGUCCUCUUUGACAACUGUGCGCCACGUAGAUCGGUCUUUUGCCUUACACUCCCAGUCACUUGUAUGUAUUUUGGCUGCUUUCAUGUCCCUUUGACAGACAUCUUUAAAUCGCAGACGUGGGCGACCUGUUUUCCUCUUUCCAGAAGCAAGUUCACCAUAUAGGAGGUCUUUCGGAAUGCGGCCGGGACUCAUUCUUUUAACAUGACCUAGCCAUCUCAGGCGUCUUUCACUAAGGAUUGUGAACAUGCUUUGGCUAUUCGCACGCAUUAGGACCUCACUAUUAGUCACUUUUUCUUGCCAUUUAAUACCAAGUAUGCGACGCAGGCAUCUCAUAUGGAAGCUAUUAAGCUUGCGCUCUUGGGAUGUAUAGGUGGUCCAUGUCUCGCUCCCGUAUAGUAGUGUACUGAUGACACAAGCUCGAUAGACGCACAGUUUGGUUUUCUCCGUUAGCUUGGUGUUUUUCCAGACCCGUUUAUUUAGUUUAGCCAUUGUGGCAGCUGCCUUGCCGAUUCUGCUGUUAAUUUCUUCUUCAAUGGACAGUGUAUUGGAGACCUUGGACCCCAAGUAGGUGAAGCUGUCCACAACCUCCAAGUUUUCAUUAUCGAUUUUUAUGUUAGGUGGAGGUCGAGUGUCUUGGGCCAUGAUGUUUGUCUUUUUCAAGCUGAUUUGCAGACCAAAUUCUUUGCAGGCAUUGGAGAAGCUUGACACGAGUUGUUGCAAACCAAUUUCUGUGUGUGCUGUUAGUGCCGCAUCAUCCGCAAAUAGUAGCUCGCGAAUUAGGACAUCUGUCGUUUUGGUCUUGGCUCGGAGGCGGGCAGUGUUGAAAAGUCCUCCAUCAGCUCUGGUGUGUAACCAGAUUCCCUCACUGCUAUCCUUGAAUGCGUAUCGAAGUAGUACAGAGAAGAAUAUUGCGAACAGUGUUGGUGCGAGUACACAACCUUGUUUAACUCCGCUGAUUACUGGAAAGGCUUCUGACUUGGCUCCAUCGAACUGCACUGUACCCUGCAUAUUUUCAUGGAACUCUCUGAUGAUGGCAAGUAGGUGAGGGGGACAGCCGAUUUUUUCCAGUAUUUUGAAUAGCCCGUUGCGACUGACGUAAUCAAAGGCUUUUUUAAGGUCCACAAAGGCAAUGUACAGUGGCAUCUGCUGCUCUCUGCAUUUUUCCUGGAGCUGUCGUAUGGAGAACACCAUGUCUAUGGUAGACCGGCCAGACCGGAAACCGCACUGAGAUUCUGGAUAGACACGAGAUGCUAGACUCUGUAAACGUGUUAGUAUGACACAAGCAAAGGCCUUUCCUACAAUACUAAGGAGUGAAAUGCCGCGAUAAUUAUUGCAAUCACUCCUAUCACCUUUGUUUUUAUAUAGUGUCACUAUAUUUGCAUCCUUUAGGUCUUGGGGGAUGUAGCCCUGUUCCCAGCAGAGGGACAGAAUCUCGUGCAAUGGUUGGAGUAAAGCUAUCUUACCACUCUUUAGAGCCUCUGGUGGUAUUCCAUCAUCCCCAGGCGCUUUUCCACAAGCUAGGCUAUCAAUAGCUUUGCUCAGCUCUUCCUGUGAGGGCACGACAUCAAGUUCUUCCAUGAGUGGCAUAUCUGGUAUGUCAUCUAGAGCAGUGCUGGAGACUGUGGUAACUGUUGAAUACAAUUCCAGAUAAUGCUCAACCCACCGUUUUAGCUGUGCUGCCCGGUCUUGGAUAAUUUCUCCAUUUUUGGACUUUAGAGGAGCAACUUUGGACGUCAAGGGGCCAGUUGCCUUUUUGAUGUUUUCGUACAUUGCUUUUGCAUCACCCAUAUCUGCAGCUGACUGUAUGCUGGAACAGAGGUUAAGCCAGUAGCAAUUACGUGCAACCUUUUGGGCAAGUGACUUGGCUGUUUUUAAGGCAUGCAACCUGUCGGGUGUAGGCUUUUCCUUGUAAGCCGUAAGAGCUUUCCUUUUGGCUUCAGUGACAGGUUUCAUCUCGACAACCCACCGUUUUAGCUGUGCUGCCCGGUCUUGGAUAAUUUCUCCAUUUUUGGACUUUAGAGGAGCAACUUUGGACGUCAAGGGGCCAGUUGCCUUUUUGAUGUUUUCGUACAUUGCUUUUGCAUCACCCAUAUCUGCAGCUGACUGUAUGCUGGAACAGAGGUUAAGCCAGUAGCAAUUACGUGCAACCUUUUGGGCAAGUGACUUGGCUGUUUUUAAGGCAUGCAACCUGUCGGGUGUAGGCUUUUCCUUGUAAGCCGUAAGAGCUUUCCUUUUGGCUUCAGUGACAGGUUUCAUCUCGUCCCAAUGUUCAUCAAACCAGUCCGUGUUUUUGUGAGAUUUUUUGCCGAAGGCCUGUAUUGCGGAUGUAUAGAUUGUGUCUCUGAGAUGCGUCCAUUUCGAGUCAAUGGUGACAUCCUUGAGAUACCUUCCUUCACCUUGUCUGUGAACAGCUGCGUUAGCGCAGGGUCUUUCAUGCAGAAGGUAUUGAUACGUGGACAUCCCUUUUUCUUGGAGUGGUACGAGUUUUUCCUCAUUAUUCGUACCUUGCUGGCGACAAGGGAGUGAUCUGUGUCACAGUCGGCACUGUGGUAGCUACGAGUGAGUCUUCUUCUUGUAUUGGAGGUGCCCACGAUCAAUUUGUUGAUCAUUCUGGCUCCUGGUUUUAAAUUCAGAGUUUGCCUUCUCUUAGACAGGUUGCCGUCCAAGGCUAACGAGUCCCAUCCACCCGGGUUGCUUGGGAUGGCUUUGGUGGGGAUUGAACUCCAGACCACCAGCUAUUUAGGAUGCUAGCUAGUUGUGCACGCCUGGUGAUGAUGAGGUCCAGCUGGUGCCAUUGGCGGGAUCGAGGGUGUCUCCAAGAUACUUGAUGUAUAUCCUUGCACUUGAAGUAAGUGUUGGUCACACACAAGCCUCGUGAGCAGCACAAUUCCAGAAGCCUCUGUCCAUUUUCAUUUAUCUUUCCUCUUCCAAAGAGUCCAAGGCAUGUGGGCCAGGCUUCGUGGUCGCUCCCCACUCUAGCAUUGAAAUCUCCCAGGAGGUAGAUUGCCUCGUCUUUGUCCUACGACCGAUAACGGACCAGAUAAGCUCCAUAGAACUGGUCCUUCUCUUCCGGAGUUGAACAGAGAGUUGGGGCAUAUACACUAAGAAUGUUUGCUGGGCCCGCAGCUGUUCUGAGUCUUAGAGUACCGUUGUCUGGGAGCCUGGUCUCCUGAAGGCAAACGAUGUCAAUCUUUAGCCUUUCAAGUUCUCUAUCGAUUAUUCCUGUCUUCCGUGUGUCGUUUAUUGACUGCGGGUCAUCAGUGAUGCCGGGACACAUAGUCCUCACGUUCCAGCUAGCGAUUCUUUUUUGUGUUUCUUGGUGCAGGGCUUAGUGGCCCACUUGUUGAGUGGUACUCUAAUCUCCACGCACCCAGUGGAGAAGGCAGGCCAUGACGGGAUAGCACCUAUUUGACUGGGGGCUGCCCAGUUUGAGGCGGGCGGUAGCUGUCCAGUGAGACAUUGGUAGUCUCUCCCACCGUCGGAAGCAGCCCCUGGCGCCUAGCUCUACGUCAAUUGAGCUUUUGGCUUAUAACCGGUAACUGCUGCUUCCCGUGUUUUGUCGACACCUUGCGGCGACGCUGGAGGGUAUUAUGGAGAAUUAGCUGCUGCCCAUACAGCAUAUCCACCCUCUCCACGUCAAUGGUGUAACCAAGGGAACGACUUGCGUCGAUGCGGCUUGGCUGCCGUUGGCGUCGCAGGAGCUGCCGGUAUGUACAUAAGAGUUUUAUGUAUAGACUGCCUGUAGGUGCUCCAUUUCCUGAUUUUCUGUCGGGGUUUACUCCCUUAGCCUUUCCCGAAGGGUAUAGCCGCAAGGCAGCGGAGGAUUUUUGAAGUCGGAGUUUCCUUCUCCUAGCUGUAGGGGUGCCAGCACCAGGAUUCGAACCCGUGACUGAUUGAAAUUUAUUUUGAAGUCUUGGUACCGCAGCGCAUCGCACUAUCACUUUGACCACCGCGCCCCCCAUACACAAAGGCAAACAAAGAUGAUCUAAAUUUUUUGAAUUAAUUGUAUUGAUACAAUUGUUAUAAAUCUGUAUAAUCUUACACAAUGUGAAUAGUUUAUAAUGUAGUUGUAAGCUUAAUUCAUGAGAAUUCUUCAUUCCUAACAUAUGCAGUAAAUGGAGCGUGCGAGAUACAGAUCCUAUGAUCACUCUCCUUGACAGCUGGAAACCUGCUCUACCGCCAUGGGUUUUAGAAAAUAUGCUUGACCAGCUAGUCUUGCCACGGCUACUACAGGAAGUUGAGAACUGGAACCCUCUGACUGACACAACACCCAUUCACUGCUGGCUGCACCCUUGGCUCCCGUUAAUGGGUGAGUUGAAAAAGCUCUUAGUAGUUGAGUUUUCCCAUAGUUAUAACUAAAUGGUUUAGUUGAAACAAAGUUGUUUAGUUUAUAAAUGAAAAUUUUCAAUUAGAAUAUUGAUGUUAUACAUUUUGUUUCUCACAUUCAAGAAUAAUUUAAAUAUUUAAUAGUCAAAUGUCUAUUUUUUCAGGUGAGAAAUUAGAACCUCUGUAUGCUCCCAUACGACAUAAGAUUGCAAGUGCACUUAUAAAUUGGCACCCUUCAGAUGCAUCUGCAAAGAUCAUUCUAGAACCCUGGUUUGGUGUUUUUCGUCCUGGGCAUAUGAGUGCAUUCUUAGUAAAAAAUAUUCUGCCUAAACUGGAGAUGGAGAUUCAGACUUUGACUAUAAAUCCUCAUCAACAAUUUUUAGGUGAGACAUGCAUCUUGCAAACAAAAUUGAAUGAUAAAUAAUCCUUAAACUAAUCGGUUUGAGGAAGAAAUUUUUUAAAUUUAAAUCCAUUAUUCAAAUAUUUGUAUGUUUCUUACUACAGUGCUUCUAAUGAAAUAUUUUUUUAAUAUAUUCAGCUUUCUUACUGAAUGAAAUUUUGAUGUUAAUUUGACAUUAGUUUGAUAUCAAAUAAUUUCUCAGAAUAUUUGAUAAUUAUUUAAUCAAAACAAUGUUACUGAUGUAACUUAAUGAUUGCUAUUGAUGGACUAGAAUUUUUUGUUCUUCAGAUCCGUGGCGCUGGGUGAUGUCAUGGAAGGAUAUGAUGCCUGUGCAAUCCAUGGUCAACAUGUUGGAGAAAGCAUUUUUCCCUAAAUGGCACCAGGUUCUUGUGGCCUGGUUGUCGAAUAUGCCAAAUUACCAAGAUAUCACCAAGUGGUACUUGGGCUGGAAGGCCCAGUUCCCAGAAAAUUUAAUUGGACAUCCUUCCAUUAAAGGUUAGAUUUUGCUUGAGUUGGGAAUCUUCGGAAUGUGGGUUGAAAAAAAAACAACCUAAUCUUUGCCUCCAGUGAAUUAAAUGAGUCAAUGGGUAUACAUUUAAAAAAAAAAAAAAAAUUUGAAUAACAAGCAAUGGAGCUAAUAAGUGGGAAACAAUUUAAUAUAUCUGAGCUGAAAGAGUGUAAAUUACAUGUACAUACUGCCUCCUGAAGGGUCGAUUUUCCUAAGAAAUUGUAAUCCCACCUUUCUGAUUAUAGCCACCAGUUUUGUUGCAAGGUCUAUUGUAUAUCUUAUUGGCUUGGUGUUGAAUUUUUAAGUUGCUAGUUCCUAUGACAGCAAUGGCUUAAAGAGAUGCAAUCUGCUAUAUUGUAAAUUGUAAAACAUAUUUUAAACUAUCUAUUUUUGUGAUUUAGAUCAGUUCAACAAAGCUCUGGAGAUAAUGAACAGAGCUGUAUCUGGAACAUUUGUACCGGGUAUAAAAGAGAACAUGGCAUACUUUACACACGCAGAGAGGAGAAUCAUGGAUUCUAAAGCUCCACCACCUCGAGAUGCCAUGGAAUCUAAAACGGAAAAUGAGGUUUGUUUGGGCUGGCGUUAGACCUUAAAUAGGUCAUGGAUGAAAAGCUAAAUUUUUAGUAAAAUCAAACAUUUUUAAAAUGAAAAUCAAUACCUUUAAUUUAACUAUGCAUUAAGAAGACUAAUUCUUAUUUUCUUUAAAGGCCUCCUUCAUUCAAAUUCCCCUAAUGCUAGAUGAAAAUGGAUUCAUUAAAAUUAUAAAUAGACUUCAUCUCCUGUUUCUUAUUACAGUGCUUCUAAUAAAAUAUUUUUCUGCAGCUCCAUUCACUUGCAAGAGUUAGUGGUAGCAGUAACAGUGUACCAACAACAUUCAAAGAUCUGGUUGAGAGAAGGGUGAGUUUGAACACUGUCCAUUACUGGAUAAAUUUUGACUUAGCAUGAAACGUAUCCCAUUCAAAUUGUAUCCAUCACACAUUAUUUAGAUUAGUUUUAUUCAACAAUUAGAGACAGAUCCACUGAAUUAUCUCUAGACUUUAAACAUUUUUUGAACUGUAAGGGUAUUGUCAUGACAAAAUAUAUUAUUAAAACAAAUAGGUACUUCGAACCUUUCUGCAGUCACUGGUAAUUGAUAAUUUUAAAAAAAUCUACAUAUUUGUCACAACCAAACAGGAAUUUUUAGAUGAUUUAUUUAUCUUUUAAAAAAAAAAAAUGAAAUAAGCUACGCCUCCAAAUGUUGAAUAAUCAAACUUAUUUUCUUCAGGCUGAGCAGGAGGACAUGUUGUACAUUCCCUUAUCAGGCAAAUCCCAAGAGGGCAAACAGGUUUACAGAUUUGGGAAAUCUUCUAUUUACUACGACCACAACGUUGUCUUCAUGCAAGACCCAAGUGGCAGAUGGGUGCCCACGUCACUCAACACUUUAGUUGAUGCUUCUAAAUAGUAUUUCCUGGUUUGAAAUGUCCACUGACAUUUGAGAAUAUCCAUCUGCAUGACCCAUGACUGGAAGAUUCAGGUCCCCUGGUGUCAGCUAACUUUAGAAACAAAUCAAUGUGUAAUUUAGUUUGCUCAAGCUUUAUGCUAUUAGUAAGGUUUUUUGAACAUUAGGAAAACUAGACUCCCAGGUUUAUACCUUUAAACAAGCGAAUGUAAAGUUAAUGUUAGAAUUUAGAAGUAACAUUUAAAUUUAUUGGGAUUUUUUUUUUACAUUGGAAAAUAUUUGAAAAGAAUAUUGCUCCAUUUGAGUAUUAAAACCUUCUCAUGAUAAUGAUUUGUCUAAUAAAUAACAAGUCUUUUAAAAUCAGAUAAAUUACUGCUAUUUAAGGUUUAAUCAUUGUAAAAUAUUGCUCCAAAAAUAUUUCCUAAAAAAGUUCCAGUUGUAAACAGUUAAACCGUAAAACCAUG